AUGGGAACUACUAGUAGAGCCAGAUUGAGCUUGCAGUUGGCGGCCGCCGCUUUGGCAAUAUUGGUGGCGUCGUGCCUUGUUCCUGUUGGGGCGGAGGACCCUUACUUGUUCUUCGAGUGGGACGUGAGCUAUGGGGACAUUAGCCCCCUGGGUCAGCCCCAGAAAGGCAUCCUCAUCAACGGUCAAUUUCCCGGCCCCAGGAUCAACUGCACCUCCAACAACAACAUCGUCGUCAACGUCCACAAUAAUCUGGAUGAGCCUUUCCUCCUCACCUGGAGCGGCAUCCAACAACGCAAGAACUCCUGGCAGGACGGCACCCCCGGCACCAUGUGCCCCAUCCAGCCGGGCACCAACUACACCUACCGCUUCCAAGUCAAGGAUCAAAUCGGCAGCUUCUUCUACUUCCCCACCACUUCCCUCCACCGCGCAGUAGGCGGCUUCGGCCCUCUCCAGGUCGUCAGCCGUGAUCUCAUCCCCGUCCCAUUCGACCCCCCUGCCGACGACUACUACGUCCUCAUCGGGGACUGGUACGGAAAGGACCACAAGUCCCUGCGCAACCAGCUCGACAGCGGCCGCUCCCUGGGUCGUCCUGCCGGCUUCCAUAUCCACGGCCAACACUACGACGAGUCCAACCCUCCACCCCCUCUCUACACCAUGGAGGAGGGCAAGACCUACAGGUACAGGGUGUGCAACGUCGGCAUGAAGACCUCCUUCAAUGUCCGCAUCCAGAACCACCCCAUGAAGCUGGUGGAGGUGGAGGGAUCCCACGUCGUCCAAAACAUCUACGACUCCCUCGACGUCCAUGUCGGCCAGUGCGUCUCCUUCUUGGUCACCGCCAACAAAGAGCCCAAGGACUACUUCCUUGUGGCUUCCAGCAGGUUUACCAAGGAGGCUCUCAUCAACAAGGCCAUCCUCAGGUACGCCAACGGCAAAGGAUCCGCCUCUCCAGACCUACCGCCACCCCCACCGGAGUCAGCAGUUGGAAUCGCCUGGUCCACCAACCAGUUCCGCUCCUUCCGAUGGAACUUGACGGCCAGCGCUGCCCGCCCCAACCCCCAGGGAUCCUACCACUACGGCGGCAUCAACAUCACUCGCACCAUCAAGCUGGUCAACUCUAGGGAGCGAGUGGACGGCAAGCUGCGCUACGCAAUCAACGGAGUGUCGCACGUGGACUCGACCACCCCGCUGAAGCUGGUGGAGUACUAUGGCGUGCAAGAUAAGGUGUUCAAGUACGACACCAUCAAGGACGACCCAGGAAGUGAGGCACCCUCGAAGGUGCUGUUACAGCCCAAUGUGCUCAACGCGACAUUCCGCAACUUCGUGGAGAUCAUAUUCGAGAACAGGGAGAAGACGAUCCAGACAUGGCACCUGGACGGGUACAGCUUCUUCGCAGUGGCGAUGGAGCCGGGGAGGUGGAGCCCGGAGAAGAGGAAGAACUACAACCUACUGGAUGCGCUAAGCAGGCACAACGUGCAAGUGUACCCGGGGUCAUGGUCGGCGGUGAUGUUGACGCUGGACAAUGCGGGGAUGUGGAAUUUGAGAUCGGAGAUGUGGGAGAGGUUCUACUUGGGGCAGCAGCUCUACGUGAGCGUGCUAUCGCCGGAACGCUCCCUAAGGGACGAGUACAACCUGCCGGACACCACCUUGCUGUGUGGCAUCGUGAAGGACCUGCCGAAGCCCCCGCCCUACAGCAUUGGCCUCUUCUAA